UGGCAUUCACCUAAAAGUAGUACACUCACAAGAAAAGCAUUUUCGGUUGCCAAAAGAAUGACUAGAUCCGCGGAGGAACUUGAUUUUUUCGGUAUGGAGAAAGAAGCUACUGCUACUAAACUUGUUGAAAGAAGAAGAAGCUUUCGAGAUAUCCAAACCAUGAUUUCGAAGAUCAAUCCUGAGGUUCUGAAGAAUGUUAUUGCUUCUCGCUCUGCAGAGAAGAAAAAUAUUUAUCCAAUAGCUCCGUCGUCUGAGGGCUCCUUUUCACUUCCAACGUCGUCGUUGCCUCUUCUUGCUAAUUGCAACAUAGAAAACGAUCCUGAAAAUUCACCUUUAACUAUAUUCUAUAAUGGUAUUGUUGCUGUUUUUGACGUUACUAAAGACAAGGCGGAGAAUAUUCUUAGACUUGCACAAGGAGGCAAUCAACAGUUAUUAUUGAAGACUUCACAUGUAGAUGGAGAUCUACCCAUAACAAGAAAGAAGUCACUGGAAAGGUUCUUUGAGAAGCGAAAAGAGAGGAUGACUAUGGUCUCACCUUAUGGUUUCAAUGAAUUGUCAAGCAACAAAUUAGCUGCAAAUCAGAACUAGAGGAACACACAUAAUGUGUUUUAGUAAUGAGGAUUUACUUACAAGUUAUUUUGUAUUUUGUGUUUUGGUGGGAUCCUGACCCC